UACGAUCGGAGGAUGUAAACAUGACUGAUAUACGUCCGAGGACCUUGACAACUUUUUUUCAGGAAAGUGAACGUUAAACGUCGAAUGUCAAGGCGCUCGUCGUUUUCAAGAUGUAGUAUCGACUCUAAAGGUACAAAGGAAAAUUAACAAAAAUGAGUGACUCUGAUAGCUAUUCUGCCACGGGUGGAGGAGAGAUGGCAGUAGACGAGGAGGACGUUGAUGAGAUACGAUUAGGCCCUCUGGUGGAUGAACUUGCUGGUGUUGCAGGCAGAGAUUAUACGAGAGAGGAAAUGGUGCAAGCACUAAUCAACAGUAAGUUUGAUGUGAGAUCUGCUGUGCAGUGGCUUAGUGGGCGAGAAACAUCGAUACCAAGAGAAGGUCCUGGAAAAAGAAAACAAACCUUUGAAGGUGACAACAUAUUAGUUCGUUAUCAGUUGCCAAGCUCGUAUUGCCACAGUUCUGCAAUUAUUGUAGAAAAUAAGACCUUGGACAGGCUCCCUUUGCAUAGGAUAAUUCGAGAUUGGUUGAGCGACAUUCUCAGGAAACGUUCGCGACAGAAACGAGAGGAGGAAAAGGCCCGAUAUUUUCGAAACAGGAAUGAAAGUCAGUGCAGCGAAGAUUCUGUCGUUACCACGAGUGGUGACAGUCAGGAUAUAUUGGGAGAUAGUAGUCAAGAUCUCAGUGAAGAUAGUCAGGAUAUGGUUGUUGAUAAUUCAAAUCAAGAUUCGGAUAAAGAUGUGGACAAAUCCCUGGAGGCUUGCAAAGUUCAUCCCCAGCCUGUAAAUGAACUUCCAGCAAACACAGUUGAACUCGCUGAUGGUGGCCUCAAAGAAAAUUCACUUAACAGCUUGAAUUUCAAUAUGCAGUCGUUGCCUGUUGCUGUGUCUAAUUUUAGUUUGGCAAUUCCACCAUCAGUCAAUGCCUCUAUCUCUUGUGAAGGAUCAGGGGCUUUUCAGGUACCUUGUUUAAAAGUGCCAUUUGGCAUUAGCAACAAAACAGGUCCACAGCCACAACCAUUUGGAGUGAUUGGCAAAAGUGAGACAGGAACUGUAACCUCUUGUGAUAACAGUGGUCUUAGUGUGUCCGAGUCUCCUAAAUCGAGUGGAAUUCAGUUUCAAUCAGGAACUGAGAGUAAAGGGCCUUCCUUGUCUGAGCUGGCAAGUUCAAGUCUGACUGGAAGCAAGCCCCAGUUUGAUGGAAUGAAAGGGCCCAGUUUGUCUGAGUUAGCAAAUUCAAAUCUGACUGGAAGCAAGCCCCAGUUUGAUUUGGGAGUGAAAGGGCCCAGUUUGUCUGAGUUAGCAAAUUCAAAUCUGACUGGAAGCAAUUCCCAGAUGGAUUUGGGAGUGAAAGGACCCAGUUUGUCUCGGCUGGCAGACUCAAACAGUGAAAGCAAUAGCCCAGGCUUGACAGUAUUCGGAAAAGGUGUCGGAAGUUCUGGAAUCCAGUUUUCAGUUCCAAAACUUAAUACAGUAAAUAGUCCAAAUUCAUUCAACUUUAGUGCUGUGGGUAGUCCAAAAAGUUUAUCAUCAGUGGUAGGUUCAAACAUAUGUGGAAAUGAUCCCAAUUUUAAUGGAAAGAGCACUGGCUCAUCUUUGUCUGCUCUUGCAGCUUCGUCUUUAGGAAAUUCUAAACCCCUUUCGUCUUCUGUUCCUGAACCUGGUAAAGCAUUAUCCUUAAGCAAGAGCAGUCCAGUAGAUAUCAAGUGUUCAGAGAAUCCCAGCAUUGCGAGUGGUAGUCCAAGUUUGUCGGCAUUGGCGAGUACUUAUUUAGGAAGCGACAGCUUGUCAAUAACUUCCGUACCACCUUUGGAAUUGGGCAAAAGAGGGAAGCUUAAUCAGGGGAUUGAGAAUGCUGAAGCUCGAGUUGGUGAGUCAAAUUCUGUGUUGGAUAUGACUGGAGGUUUUAGCAGUCAGGACAGACAUGGUAUUGCCGUCACUGGAACACCUCCAAUGUUGCCAUUUGAUUUAAAUUUGAAUAACUUUUAUGCGGAUUCUCCAGUGUCUAAUUUAUUGGGGAUGAGUGAUUUGAAUCGUCCAUUUGGUGAUCAGAUGUUUCUUUCUUCAUUAGAAAAACUAGCACUGUCUACAGGAAAUAUAGAUUCUAAAGUGGGUUUUCAUGUACCACCAUUUCCACAGCCGAAACCAGGUUUGAAACCACCACCUGGGUUUGAGCAUUUUGUUCCUCAUGGUGGUUUACCUGAAAAGGAAUGUUUAGAAACUUUACUAAAACAGGAAGAAGAAGUUGAUAUCAACGGAGAUAUUGAUUUGCUCGCGGCACUAUUGAAGCCUGAGGUUGAGAAAGAACCCGAUAUGGAAACUGUCGAAGAGUCGAAUGAUCUGGUUAUUGACCUCCAGGUAUGCCCCUUCCAAUACGAUGCGACACUCUGGAAACGAAAGCCUUCAUCGUUUGGCAGAGUUAUGGUGAAUACCCCACAUACACCAAAAAUCAAGCGCUUAACAGAGAAAAUUAUUCAAGUACCUUUCAAAAUAUUCAGGUUUGAUACUCCUUCUCCAGAUGAAAUGAUUCAGGAAGCUCUUCAGAAUCGAAGAGAUCCAGGCUGGUAUAAAUUGGUCACAAAAGAGAGACUCAGUAGAAGGUGAUGUAGAUAUUCUCUAAUGUUUAUUUGUUCGUCAUUCAAGUUCUUUACUGGUUUCACUGAUUUUUCAUUUUAUUAAUGAUUAUUUAAUGAUUAUUUACAAAGCAUAAAAUUUUUAGAAUAUAGAUUAUUAAGGGUAUGUGAGUGGCUAAAGAAUGUUUAAGUAACAUUGUCAUGACACUGUAUUUGAUCUCUUGACUGUUUUGUACAUGUGAAUACGCAGUGUAUGCGGUGUGAUUUUAUCUGUAAGAGAAGUCAGUAUUAGAGGAUUAUCUGCUUGGACAUAAGAUAAUUGUCAUAAAGGUUUAUAUUUUAAAUUUGUUUUAUAAGAGGCUAUCAGUUCUAAAUGUUUUCCUCCUGUAUGAAUUUUGUAGGAGGAAUGCAAUGACAAGAAAGUGUGUUCCUCCACUUAACCACUAAGUGGUCAAGAAAGUGUGACUUGAUCAUUUCCUCUUUUGUGAGAGCGAAUAUUAACAAGGACAGUUUGGUUAUUUUAUGAAUUUGUUAGGUUUUAGAGUUUUCUUAUUUGCCGUUUACUUUACAGUUUGUGUUGCAGAUAUUUUGCGUAAGAAUUUCCCCUCUCCCUUAUUUUGGCGAUAAAACAAUAAACCCUGUCGUUCAUCUUUCAUGUAACUGAAUUACAUGCAGUUGAAAUAGGUUAUGUUCAAGCCUCUAGAAAGAUACAUCCGUCCAUAUUGUCUGUCCCUCUAAAAACUGUCAGUCUGUCUGACAAUAUUUGUAUAAUGAAGACCGGUUAGUAAGGUGUUACGUAUUGUACUUUAUUUUGUCUGUCGUACAAAACACCUAGCAAUAACUGCUUUUGUUAACUUAAUUAAACCCAGAUGUAGAAUUUUUUUUUUUUUUUUUAUAUAUCUUUUUGUGUUUUGUGAAUACCAGAGUAGUGUUUGUAUUUCCGGAAAGCUGAACCAAAAGAAAUAGCCUCCAAGCAUGUUGUAUUGUCUGUUGAAUAAGUCCCACAUGUAUUCAUACAGUAAUACCUUUUGCCAAUGUUUGCUUUAUGUAUGUAUUAUCACCUUGUGAAUUAAGUCAGAUGAUUUUAGUAGAUGCUUAAAAUCUUGCUUUUGACUAAAAGGAAAUUCUUACACCCUGUGGUCAUUUUAAAGUGGUUAAUUGUACAGGGCUAUUCUGUAUGGUCCCCAUGGUCUCAUUUCCUUCAUAUAAAAACAGUAUUCAUAUAAUCUGAGCUGCCUUUUUAUUUUGGUAUCGGGAAUGCUUUCAUUUUGUAUUCAAUAUCACCCUUAGUUCCUUAAGAAACUUGGACAGUAGUGUGCAGCAGAUGUUUCACUUAUUGUUUGUGUAAGACUUUGCAUCAAAGAAAUUAUUAAAUAUUAAAAAAUGGAAAGGGCUAAAUUUUUUCUGACUGGACAUUGAAAUGUAGUAUACAGACUAACACAUUUCAUUAGUUUUGUUUGCUGCAAGUUUUUUCGGCUAGAAAUCAAGUGUAAGUCAUCUUCAUGGUUGAUUUGAAAUGAAAUGUGUAAACUCAUGUUUUUUUAUUGCUAGAUAGUAAAUGCUGUAUGCUGAAACAGGUGGGUCCUGCCUAGUCUCUCAAGAGGGAUUCUUUGUGACAAUAGUACGUACUAGAUUUUCCAAAAUGAUUUUAUGUCAUUUUUGAUCCUGAAACAAUGUCAUAUGCUUUACCAUGAGCAUUAGUGUUUCGUAAAGCUGUAUCGUUGGUCAUUGACAUCCGUUGUGGUCUGAAAUCUCGCCAUUCACAGAUGCUUUUUAAACCUUAUUUUGCGCAAAUAUCCAAGUUUGGUAAUACAUAGCGCAUCCUUUUACUUUUCUGUUGGGUACGUUGGACAACUUUUUGGUUUUCGGUUUGGCUUGAAUUAGAUUAAAAUGGCGGAACUGAUGACAGAAAAACUCAGUUGUGACACUCGGAAAUUCCCAAUUUACAGUACGUAUUUUGUUUUGAUAUUUUCAUUAAGUGAAGAAAAUGUCUGUAAAUACGUAAGUGCUUUACGUAUACUAUUUACGAUAAAUGACUACUUGAAAGUCAGAAGUUGAGAAUAUUGUAUGUGAAAAAGUGCAAAUUGAGUUCAUAAUGGCUCCGAAUAUUUAUUGCUGCUCUGUACGUUUUGAUAUUAAUCUGAAUGGUUUUGGCUCUCAUUUUGUGAAACAAAGCUGACCCUUCACUUAAAGAUUCCCUUAAAUAAGAGGUACAUAUAUAGAGUUAAUGAAAAUAUUUUUGCUGGCAAAAUGUAGAGGUACAAUGCCAAUUUUGUAGUUGUUCAGUCAAAAGUGAAUUAGUUUUGUUCGGCGUUGAAACACAAAAUGAAGAAAUGUUAAGACUGAACCAGAACCUACCUAAUUAAUGUGUCAUUUGUGUCAACCAUAUCUUUCAGUAAAUAAGUAUAAUUUUAUUAAUACUUUUGAAUUAAGAUUUAGCUCUUGAUGAAGUUAUUGUUGUUAAUGGGAUAAAGAAGCAUUAAAGAAAUAGUAUAGUAUUUGAAUCUAAAGCACCAAAGGAAUGUCCUUCCAUUGUGGGUUUUUAAUUAUGUUCAAGAAAAAACAGUAUUUGCUAAUUUAUUCAUUAGUAUGUUUUCCCUGUUCCCUUCUUCGAUUGAUAUGCAUUUUGUUUGGGAAUGUCAAACAUGAUAUGGUCACGAUGUGAGUUUUAGCUUCGUUUUAUUUCUUGUAUGGUACGUGGCAAGGCCACUAUUUGUGUUUGCUCGAAGUGCUAGACAUUUUUUAUUUAGUGGACUCUUGUGCAGGCUAAGGAAAUUCUGUUUCAUGUUAUUUCCAAACUAAAAGAGUUUGGAAACCAUAGAUAAUCGCAGGUAGAUGGCUUUGUGAUCUGCUCCUGCUGUUUCAGGACGUUAUUAAGACCUCAAAGUGCUGGUUAUUGGGGAGUUUUAUGAAUUGCACACCUUUUGGGAUUGAAAAACAUAGAAUAUUUCUUACUAUUUCCACCUUCCUGCUUUGUUCUGGUUUGUAAUGAACUGUUGAAUUUUGAUAUCUUAUGAAUGAAGAUUGUUUUUAAAUGACUUUUGGAUAAUAAAGUACAGUACACACAUUUUGAUCUCGAGAUUAUCUUUUUGGAUCUUUGGGAACUUGCGGGCGAGUUGCUGCUUUUGUGCUAUCCUGCGACAUCAAUAUAUAUCCCACUAGCCUCUCCUGAAUUGCUAAUGGUGUUACUAUAGCCAAAAUACCAUUGAAAAGUGUACGCAUGACAGCAAUGGAUUGUGUUGUAUGACGUCUUUUAACAGUUGUUCCUUCAUAAAGAUACAAAAAUUUAUACAGUGCUACACUUUUAUCAGUAAACAGAUUGUAGUUUGCUGUUACAUAAUAUAAAUUUUUUAAUCUUGUCCCUGCCCAAGUGUAGAAUGAUGGAUGUUUUUGUGUACAAGUAUCUAGAGUACAAAUAGUGUUUAUAAAUGUAUAAAUGUGUAGAUUUGGUCUCUGGGAAUGCUUGGCACCUAAGUUUUAUUUCUCCACCACAGAUCGUCACCAGAUUGUUACAAGUUCUAGUAAAUGUCGCAAUUCCGUCCUCUGCUCAUACUAUACAUUGGACCCCCCGUAUUCGCGUUCUAGGGAUUUGCGGACUCACAAAUUCGCGGAUUUCUCUCUGGAACAUUCCUCCCCAUUAUUCGCGGAAAAUUCGCCUAUUUGCUGUAUUUUUCUAUGAGAAAUAUCCGCAAAUUCGUUUUUUUUUUAUCAGUUUCAUCAUAAAAUGCACUUUUUGUGAUAAAACUAUUAAAAAAAACCAGGUAUUUAAAUUUUUUGUGGGCUUUUCUUGAGUUUUAACUAACGAAAUACUAAGAGGUUUUAAGCAUUUUUAUAAGGGUUCCAACUAUUCGGGGGUUCUAACUAUUCCGGGGGGGGGGGGGGGG